GCUUCAGUUCAACUUUGGUCGCGAAACGCGUCGGUUGUAUAUUUUGUGCGCUAUAAAAUUAUCGUUACUGCGAAUCAACGCGUGAAUCUCAAGUUAGACCUUAUUUAUAUUGCCGCAGUGUAGAUAAAAAAAAGGUAUAAUAAAGAAAAUACUGCAGUAGCUGCGCGUACAAAAAUAUACGGGCUCCGUUAUACAACAACAAAUGAGACGAAAUGCAAUUGAAAAGAGUUUGACGUAAAAGUCAUAAAUACAUUCGGGUUUUUUUUUGAACUCAUUUUAUUUUUAUUUCUUGAAUUGUUGCUUAUUUUUUUGUUAUUGUCUGCUAUACACCGGUUGUAUUUUUGUGUGACGCAGCGCACUGAAUAUUUGCCCAAUUGAUUCACACACAAUACUGCGGCAGUUGUAGCAGCACAAAACAACAACAAACAAAACAAGUGUUAAUAAAAAAAGGCGGUUAACAGUGAAGUCUUAUUAGUGUAUAUGGAUGUUUGAUUACGAGACGUGAAAGUCUCGCAUGUUUUAAUACUCUAGUAAAUUGAGAUUAGUGAACUAAAAGAGCGUAACAGCAAAAACAUUGGUAAAACAACAACAACACCGCAUAUUUUAUAGAUCAAGCAGCGGCAACAGCACGAAAAUGACCGACAAUCUCGCUUCCCCGAUCAAAGCAUUUUAUACAGGCAAAAAUGUCUUCAUUACCGGCGCCACUGGUUUCGUGGGGGUCACCAUUGUCGAAAAGCUAUUGCGUGAUAUACCCGAAAUCGGCACCAUCUACCUGCUGAUGCGUCCCAAAAAAGGCAAGACGGUGGCACAACGCUUAGAAGACAUACGCAAGAAUUCUGUUUUCGACAAGUUCAAAGAACUGAAAAUCGAUGAGAAGCGUUUCGAUAAGAUUGUGCCCAUUGAAGGUGAUGUGGGUCAAGAGCAUUUGGGCAUCUCUGAAACGGAACGUCAGGUGUUGAUCGAUAAUGUGCAUGUGGUAUUCCACUCUGCAGCCACAUUGGAUUUCUUUCAGUCACUCAAAGAGACCACAAAUAUUAACUUAUUAGGUACACGACGUGUGGUGGAGUUGUGUAAGCAACUGAACAAAUUGGAGGCACUUGUACAUGUCUCCAGCGCUUAUGUAAACUCGUAUAUCACUGAAGUGGAGGAAAAAUUAUAUCCAGCUCCAGAUGAUCCCGAAAAGGUGAUACAUUUGGCUGAAACGCUAAGCGAUGAGGCGCUCAAGGAGUUAGAGCCCAAGUUGUUGAAAGAUCAUCCCAACACGUACACGUUCACCAAACACUUGGCCGAACACGAAGUGGCCAAUGUGGCCUCACGUUUUCCAUGCGGCAUUGUGCGACCUAGCAUGAUCACUGCCGCCUGGAAGCAACCAAUACCCGGUUGGACUAUCUCAAAGAAUGGCCCACAAGGCUUCUUUAUGGGCGCGUCGCGUGGCAUUUUGCGUCGUUUACCUUUAGAUCCGACCAUUAUCAUGGAUUACAUACCUGUCGAUGUGGUGGUGAAUGCAAUUAUCACAACCGGUUACUAUGUAAAUGCGCUGAAAAUCAAAAACGCUGGCAAACCAGCUGAGCUACAAAUUUUCCAUCUCACUUCCAGCACGUACAAGCCUUUCCGUUUCGAGUUCUUGAUAAAUAAAAUUAAUGCAUUCCUCCAUGAAUAUCCGCUGGUAUCUGCUGUUUGGUAUCCAAAUCUAAAGCUGGUCAAGAGUUUAUUCCUCUUCCGUUUGGGCGCUAUACUAUUUCAUUUUAUCCCCGCUUUCUUCUUGGACUUGGUCACUAAAUUAAGCGGUGGUAGACCUAUUCUGAUACGCUUGCAUAAGAGUGUCUGGAACUCGUUGAAUACUUUGGAGAAAUUUAUUUUUACUGAAUGGCAUUAUGACAGCAAACAUACGUUGGCACUUUCGAAGCAGUUGGAUCCACGUGACCGUGAAACAUUUUUCAUUGAUAUUGGUGAUUUAGCUUGGGAUGACUACUUCCUCAACACUAUUAUGGGCGUGCGCCAGUAUCUAAGCAAAGAAUCACCGAAAACAUUAUCAGCUGCCAGAAAGAAGGAUAAGAUUUUGCUGGCUUUACAUGUCGCUUUGCAAUUGGCGUUCUACUACGGCAUAUGGAAGCUAGCUAUAUUUGCUUUUGGUCUAUCCAACGCCAAGGCUGCACUUAUACUGCCAGUUGCUUACUUCCUUGUGGGACUUAUUUAAGAACAUCAUCACAAUUAAUACAAAAUAACAUAUAUUUUAUUAACUUGAAUCUUGUGUGGAUUCGCCGUGAAUUUUUUCUGUGUAAUUGCAUACACAAGUAUUUAUUAAAAUUACUGAAUUAUGCAUUAAUUUUUAUUUCCUCUUAACUUCAAGGCUUGGUUUAUAUGCAGUACUUAUUGUCAAUAUACACAUGUAUAAAUACUAAAUAAAGUGUUUUUUGUAUUUAGAAAUAAAAAUAUUGUAUUUGUUA